AUGUCUACGGUUAAUAUGAGACCAUCUUUGGCCUCCAUUUCAGGUGUCGGUCCUUCUGGUCCAACUACUGCCACAGCUACCAGUUCAAGGAGUUUCAAACCGUGUGCAAAUUGUACUUGCAGUUACGGGCAGUUGUCUAGACAAGGUAGAAGAUCAUCAGCUUUAUUGAAACAAAUCAACUUUUCCAGAAGGCAUUCUCAUUUUGGGAAUCCACCUUUAAGUCCUACCAGUGAAUCCAUAUAUUCAACUGAUUCUAUUUGUCAGCUCAAAAGUACUGAAACCGCAAAGAGAUUGCUUGCCUUAAGGAAGCAAAUGGAUACACAUGAUUUGUGCUGUUACAUUAUUCCAUCAGAGGACGAACAUCAGUCUGAAUACGUUUCUCAAGCUGACGAAAGACGUGCAUUCAUUUCUGGGUUUACCGGAAGUGCCGGAGUUGCCUGUGUAACAAGAGACUUAUUGAAUUUCAACACAGAUAAGCCUGAGGGCGAAGCUAUUUUGAGCACUGAUGGGCGCUAUUUUAACCAAGCCAGUCAAGAACUGGAUUGUAACUGGACUUUAGUAAGGCAGGGAGAAGAUCCUAUAACUUGGCAACAAUGGGCUGUUAACGAGGCACAUGAAAUGUCGCUUGCUCUUGGUGGAAAACCAACAAAGAUUGGUAUCGAUCCAAGAUUAAUCAGUUUUGAUCAAGUGAGAAUGUUUGAGAAAGUGAUCAAGGAUAAAACUGAAGGAACUAAUGCAAAGAUUGAAUUUGUUGCUGUUGCAGAUAAUUUGGUGGAUAAAAUCUGGUGCGAGUUUGAAACCAUGCCCGUCAGAGACUUAAAUGAAUUACUACUAUUGGAUCGCAAAUAUACUGGAGAAUGUUACAAGUCUAAGCGUGAGCGUGUUAUGAACAAGAUUUCAAAGGACCACAAUGGAGCCUCUCAUUUGGUAGUUUUUGCCUUGGACGAAAUAUGUUGGUUAUUAAAUCUACGUGGUUCAGACAUUGAAUACAAUCCAGUUUUCUUUGCUUAUCUUGUUUUGUCCAACGAUGAAACGAUACUCUUCACUGAUAAUCCAUUUGAUGAUAAAAUUGAAAAUUAUUUGAGUGAAAAUAACAUCAAAGUUGAAUCAUAUCAAAAUAUCUGGUCAUUUUUGUCUGACAAGGCUUCUGCCCUUGCGGAGAAAAAAGAAACAAUUCUGAUUCCAUCCAACUCAUCAUGGGAAAUUGUUCGUAAGUUAUAUGGUUCUACUAUGAAGCGUGUAUCGUCUCCAAUCGAAGUUAUGAAAUCUGUUAAAAAUGAGACCGAAAUCCAAAAUGCUCAUUCUGCUCAAGUAAAAGAUGCCGUCGCGUUGAUUCAGUAUUUCUCUUGGUUAGAAGAUCAACUUGUUAAGCAUGAGAAAUUAAUUGAUGAACACAAGGCUUCUCAAAAGUUAACGGAAAUCAGAAAGACAGCGAAACACUACAUGGGUAAUUCGUUCUGUACCAUUUCAUCCACUGGAUCGAAUGCUGCAGUGAUUCAUUACGAACCACCCGAAGAGAACUCGUCCAUGAUCGAUCCAAACAAAAUAUAUCUAUGUGAUUCAGGAGCACAAUUUUUAGAAGGUACGACAGACAUCACACGUACGUUACAUUUCACGGAGCCGACGCAGGAAGAGAUUGAUAACUAUACACUAGUAUUGAAAGGUAAUUUGGCACUUGAACGGUUGGUGGUUCCUGAGGGCACCAGUGGAUAUAACAUCGAUGUUAUUGCCAGACAGUUUUUGUGGCAAGCUGGACUGGAUUACAAGCAUGGUACAGGUCACGGUGUUGGUUCAUUCUUGAAUGUUCACGAGGGACCAAUCGGAAUUGGAUACAAACCACAUCUUGUAAAUUUCCCCUUGGAAAAGGGAAAUAUAAUCACCAAUGAACCAGGUUAUUAUAAAGAUGGUGAAUACGGUAUCCGAAUAGAAAACGAUCUACUCGUCAAGGAAGCUGAAGGACUACAAUUUGGUAAGCGUAAAUUUUUGAAGUUCGAGAACCUAACUAUGGUACCUUACUGUAAGAAGUUAAUCAACACAAGUCUUUUGACGCCAGAGGAGAAAUCACAGAUUAACGACUAUCAUACAAGGAUAUGGUCUUCAAUCGUUCCAUUCUUGCAACCAUCCAGUAUUGCAUUCAAAUGGCUCAAGAGAGAAACUAAAUCACUAUGA